CGCUCACCCUCGUGACCCAAAAUAUCUCCCCCUCCCUGUAAUGAUGAGCUUGCUUUUCCAUAAGGGCUUUCCUUCGAUUCAGGGAAGGGGCCAACCAAUGAGAGAGGGGCAUGUUAGAUUAUUUUGGGGUAGGGCUCAUGCCAGGAGGGUUCACUUUUACUAAGUGCCAAGUGUCCCCAGCAACCAGUGUCUCCUGUCCCUGCAGAAGAUCCAGCACUCUCGCCCACUUGCCUGCCUCUUCCGUGUUCUCGCCCACCGAACAGCCAUGAGAAGGCAGCUCCGGUCCAGAAGGUCUCCAGCCUUUCCUUACGGUUAUCACAUCAGACUUGAUGAUCAAGAUGAAGUGAACCAGAACUACUUAGCAGAUGAAGAGGGAGAGGCUGAGGAAGAGACUCAGAUGAUGGCAGUACCUCCGAUGGAACAAGAGGUGAAGGUGGAGGAGGAAGUGGAGGAGGAGGAAGAAGAGGAGGAGGAAGAGGAAGAGGAAGAGGAAGAAGAAGAAGAAGAAGAAGAAGAAGAAGAAGAAGAAGAAGAAGAAGAAGAAGAAGAAGAAGAAGAAGGGAUCAAUGAGAAGGAAGGGAAAGCUGAAGAAGAAAAGGAGGAGGAUGAGAGUCAGGAUCAACCAGCAGGCAAUACCUGGUGGCAGAAACUGCAGAUCGUGAGCGAGUAUCUCUGGGAUCCAGAGAAAAGGAUGGCUCUGGCCCGAACAGGCCUGAUCUUGGUCAUUUACUUCUUCUUCUAUGCCUCCCUGGCUGCUGUGAUCACCCUCUUCAUGUACUCGGUCUUCCUGAGCAUCAGCCCUUACCUGCCAUUCUUCACUGAGAGGGUGAAGCCUCCUGGAGUUAUGAUCAGACCCUUCGCCCAUAGCCUGAACUUCAGCUUCAACGUUUCUGAGCCUGACACUUGGCAGCAUUAUGUAAUUAGCCUAAAUGGCUUUCUCCAAGGCUAUAACGACAGUCUUCAAGAGGAAAUGAAUGUGGAUUGUCCCCCGGGGGAGUACUUCAUCCAAGAUGGUGAUGAUGAGGAGGACAAGAAGGCCUGCCAAUUUAAGCGUUCCUUCCUGAAGAACUGCUCUGGUUUGGAGGACCCUACUUUUGGCUACUCUACUGGACAACCCUGCAUCCUUCUAAAGAUGAACCGGAUUGUUGGCUUUCGUCCUAAGCAUGGAGAUCCUGUGAAAGUUUCCUGCAAGGUUCAGAGAGGGGAUGAAAAUGAUAUCCGAUCCAUCAAGUACUACCCAGAGUCGGCUUCUUUUGACCUUCGCUACUACCCUUACUACGGCAAACUGACUCAUGUGAACUACACCUCUCCGCUGGUGGCGAUGCACUUCACUGAUGUGGUGAAGAACCAGGCAGUGCCAGUGCAGUGCCAGCUGAAGGGCAAGAGCGUUGUCAAUGACGUCAUCAACGACCGCUUUGUGGGCCGGGUCAUCUUUACUCUGAACAUAGGCACCUAAAAGCCCCCUGGGAACCACUUCCACCAGUUCUGUUUCUGUUUUAUUUCAUGUUAUCCCUGGCAGCACUCAAAUUAUUUUUCUUCAGUCAGGACACAGCCAGAUGGACAGCUAAGACAACAAAUCCUCAUUCCUUGCCUUUGACAUAUGUAGAAAAUAACAUGCUAAAGCUAUUUGAUAUUUUUAGAGGUAGAUGCUCCUGAUGACAAACAAAUACUUAUUUCCUCCCCCACCACACACACACAGACACAGACACAGACACACACACACACACACACACACACUUGUUGCUAGAAGUCUCACUGUAGUGUAAACAUAAUAUCUGAUAGUCACAACAGCCAUGGAAGAGAAUUUCUAUGAUUAACAUAAACUCAUAAUGUUUUCUAACACCUUUUCAUUUUUAGAGAUGAGAAUCCUCCCAACCAGGCUGAUAGCCAAUGCUUUUUUUUUUUUUUAGGUAAAGACAAAGAAACAGAGAGAUAGAGAGAGAGAAAGAGACCACAGCACUAGGGCCGGGCUUGAACCUGGGUCAUGCACGUAAAGCAGGUCACUAUCCAAUUGAGCUUUUUCACUGGCCCAACCCUUUUUUAAAAAAUGCUCUGGUAUGGUCCUCCCCUGGGCAUCACUUAUCCAGCUAAUUCAGAAUAUACCCAGGGCCAACAUACCUAGGAAACUAUAUAUUCACAGUGCCUGAGAAACUUGUUCCUUCCCACAGGCAAGUGAACACUGAUUCAAAGACUAGGUUAUCUUCAACGGGGACUGAAAUCAGUGCUAACUAGAUACUGUUCUGGGUUAGAGCUGAAGAUCUUCAUCAUGACUUUGUUGGGGAGGGGUGGAGAGGACACAGCAAUUAGAGAGAACACCUCCCACGUGGAUGUAAUUGAUCGGAAUUUGAUUCCUUGCUCCGCGGUAUAGCAAAAAGUUUUGUCUCCGCCUCAGGCAGAGGAGAAAACCAGGGAGAGGAUACCUGCCAAAUAAUUCUUUAUGGGCUGUUUGUUUGACAGUAGUGCGAUGUUCUUAGAGAUGGUCAUGGAUGGGUGUGUUGACCCUCCCAGCGACUGCCCUGGGGGUUGAAAUCAAGGUCUGCCAACGAAGAAUGUUGCAAGGCAGAAAGCUCCUGCCAAGCCACCCUAAAUACAAGGCCCACUGGCCUGCUUUUCAUGUGCUUUAAAAGAUGAUAUGAGGUAGAUGCCUAUUCAAGUUGUGGAUCAGCCAGGCUCUUUUGUUUUUGAACUUUGGCCAUGUAUCCAUUGCACUGCUUCUUAACACCUCCAUCAUGGGGGAGGAUUGGGGCAAGGAGGCAGAGAGAGCAUCAGCCACUAGCCUCAUGUCUUAGGGUCCAAAACCAGCUCAAAUGCCAGUGGGAAGCAUCCAGCCUCAAUCUCCUCUACAAUGCUGACCCUCUUCCAGAUAGGGAACCGGCAGAUUGGCAGUGAGACAUACAAGUGGGCAAGUCACGACUGUAUACAUAGUGUGGCGUGAGUUAUAGAACCGGUACAUGGAAAUUCUAUGGAAACAGGAGGAAAAGGAGAGAUUUCACAUACCAAGUUAAAGUGAGGAAAGACUAGUGUGUAUCUGCGUCCCUGUGAGCAAUUCAUGCCACUGGAGUAUAAAGGACACAGAGGCAUGGCAGGAAGCGGCAGGGGGUUGGACUACAGAGGUGUACAGGUAACGAGAGGGGAUUCUGAGUUCCAUCCAGUAGAUGAUAUGAAGUCAUGUAAGAAUUUUAAGUAAGGGUGUACUGUGAUCACAUUUACACUCUAAGAAGAGCAGUCACAUUGUGAGCAAUAGUCUAAAGAGAGGCAAGACUGGGGAGAUGGGCCAUGAAGGAGAAGACUCCAUUGUUUUGAACUCAGAACCAACAGGGACAGUGGUGCUGUUGAUCUAGACUAGGAAGCAGGCAUGGAAAGGAUGGUGUUAAGGUCAAUUUUGGACAUUUUCAGCUUUUGAUUUCUAUUGGUCAGACACCAAUGUGGAGACAUCAACACAAGUGGAGUUGGGAGAGAAAGAAAUCUGAGAGCCAGAGCAGUGUUUUAGUCAGUGAACUCUUUUAAAUUCUAAGCUGUUUCCUCUGGGUAAUUUGAGCCAGUUAAGUAAACACACCAGACCAGACAGGUCUCUCACACAAUGUUCUUCUCUUGGCUUUGUGCUAGAAGGCACUGCUGAUGCUCAUUUCUUCCCAGAAACCCUCCAACUCUUACUGACAAGAGUCGAGGGAGGCUGGCUGCUAUUAACAAGUGACAGGAGAGAAACAACAGAUCAGUGGAAAAUACUAGCACUGAAAUGUCCCCUCUCAAUACCUUGCCUCAUCAAAUUCAAUGUUCAAAACUCGACUUUACCAAAAGAAAAGGACAAACUGCUGGAAGACAGGACCUUUUAAGCUAUUUGCAAAUUUAUCUCAAACAAGCAAAUUUUCAGGAUUCAGUAAUCAAGAAAAGUAGAGCAUUAGAUCUGGAAAGGCUACUAGGGAGUGCUUAGCAAAAAACAACCUGCAUUGCAUCUGACUCCAGGUCCAGUGCUCUUUCUACUCUGAGCUGCUGCUUACCAGGAAGUACAAUAUCUUUUUUUUUUUUAAGCAGUGAAUCAUAUCCCAAUGGUUUUGAGUUAGAACAAUGUUUCACAGGAAUUCAACUACGGGUGCUAUAUUUUCUACAUAAUUCAUUAUCCUGUUAGAUUUGUUGACUAUUUAGAAGACAAGGAAUAAUGAAUCUUUUGUCAUUAUAGGAAUCCUUUGUGUCCACAGAUAAAAAAACGAUCUUGAAUAAUGUGAAGAUAGUUUGGGUUGUCAGCUGGGAUGUGGAAAAACUAGCUUUAUUAUACAGAACUGGAUGUUAUAAUAUAUUCAUUAAACUUAGCUUCUGACUAUUCAA